UAGCAUUAAUAUCACGUAAGAUGCAGACAGGCAGAUACAUAGUGCUCAUAGCAACAAUAAAGCCAAAGAAGCCACAUGCUAGUAAGCACAUCACCCGAUUAACACUCUCUGUCAGGAGCAACACACAGUUCACAGUUUGUUAAGAGGGUGCAGGGGCAGCGAAAAGUGUCAUUCGUUGGCUGAAGAACAUUCACUUUAAUAUCAACGUUUUGAACACAGUGAGCUUUUGUACGCAAAAGGUUUGCAGAGAGAGAAGUUGACUGAGCACCAAGUACCACAUACAAAUGCACUGACAGAAUAUUGAGCACUUCUGAAGUACAGGAGUUCUUCCAUCUGCUGUUGUUGGGCAGAAUGCAAUCUGUGUUCUCAUGUCCCGGGAGGGACGCUGAAAAAGAGUCCGAGGAGCCAUCUCAUAGAGCUCUAGGCCUGCGGCGCAAGCGAGAAUUUACACCAGAGGAGAAAAAGGAUGCCAAUUACUGGGAAAAACGUCGCAAGAAUAAUGAGGCAGCUAAGCGUUCACGAGAGAAACGCAGGGCAAAUGACUUCAUGCUGGAGACCCGGCUGGUGGCUCUGAGUGAGGAAAACGCAGCUCUACGAGCUGAGAUCCUGGCUUUGAACCUUCGAUAUGGCCUGCUCAGCUCUAGCUGUCCUUACUCAUCGCAUCAGCGGAGCUUCUUUCAGAUGCAUUCAUACUUUGCUCAAACAUCAAACACCUGCCCAGACAGAGAGCUUUGGGAAAGGGAUAAAAUGACUCAGGAGUCUUCUCAGUGGCCUGGAUACCAGCAACCAACUGAGACCAUAGCUGGACGUUAUGGCUCAAACUUUGUUGCCACACACUCGUUUCCCAUCAACAGGGCCUAUUCUUACCUUCCAGAUGUCCCUAGUUUUGUUCCCUCUACAAGCACACCUAUGGUCUUAGCUCCCGUGUUCCCACCACUGUCUGCCUCUUACCCAGAAAUCCCAGUGUUAAAUCCAGUGGGUCAGAGAACAACAAUACACAAGGAGGCUGAGCAGCAGCCUCCGGCCAGUGGUAGCGCUGUGCUACCUCACAAGCUGAGGCUAAAGAAUCCAGUAUCAUCCAAGAAGAAAGAAGACAGAAUCUCACCUACAUCCCCACUCUCGUUAUAUGUAUCUAGCUAAAGAAAGAUGCUUGAUAUAUGCUACAUGGUGACAUUCCAGUGUAAGAAAUGACAGUGUUUAAAAUAAAACCCCCACUUGAAAAAUGUUUUUUUUUUUUAAAUAUGAAAGAAUAAAAUAGAAUAAAAUAUGAAUCUUUUCAAUAAAAGGGAGCAACGUGUCAUGAUGGGUAUCAAUGCUGCUUCAAUCGUGGCUUCAGGUUGGUGUCUGUAUGGACUUUCCACAUAGUGUUAUCUGGGUCCUCUCGGUUCUGUCCUAAAACAUGUGAAAAUGAAGUAUGAAUGAGUUUGAUUAAGUGUGUGAUCCUGUGCAUUCCAGAGUGUAAUCCUGAGCUGCACCUUGGCUCUGGAGCCACUAAAACCCUGACCAGUGAGUGAAAUAAAUAAAUUAAUUAAUUAUAUUCAAUUUUGAGCAUUUUGCUGUGUAAGAGGGUGGUCUGGCAUAGGAUCAGAUAAGAUGCUGGGAUCAUUUCUGAUCAUUUCUUACAUACCACCAGUGAAAUGUAAGGUUUUAAACAUCACAUUAGCAAUGUUUUCAUUAUUAUAAACAAGGAUUCAUAAGUAUAAGUGAAUUGAGAAAUGUUUAUUUUACACAAUGAGCAAUUUGGAACAAUCUGUAGUUAUCUGUACACUGAAAGGUUUUACCCUCCAAAACGUGCUGGACAUGGAGUCACUUUAGGAUUGGACAGCAACCCAUUAGUAAGAUUUACAUUUCCUUAAUUAAAAAGCUAUUUGAUAUCAUUUGGUUUUGUUGCUAGCACUAACAAUGAUUCAACUGCCUGAACAGGUCCAGAGUUAAAAAUUGUUUGACUGAUAGUGUAGGAUAGUGUAGCUUAAGUUAGGUAGCUUCUAGACAUUUUAGACUGAACGCUCAUCUGCUGAACUUCAACAAGAAGCGUAGAUACUGAACUUUCAUCUGUUUGAAACUGAAUGAACACACUGGACUUGUUUUAAUGUUUAUCCAAUUAGUUCCUUUGAUGUUUUUAUUCAAAUGGGUGCAUAUUGCUGGUCUGAAAUAUAUAAUAAA